CCGGUCACUGUGUUUGCUAUUAGAGGUACUAAGCAUGGCGGCAGCUACAACACCAGCGGUCCCAGAACAAGCACCUAAAACACCGUUGUCAGAAAUUCCAAAUGGGCCUCCGAUAAUAGAAGGCUUCAACGUUUACCCGAGAUUUCAAGAUGAGACCUUCAAAGAAAAGUUGAUGAGAAAAACCAAGCAGAACCCUUUCGUCCCAAUAGGUUGUUUGGCAACAGCAGGAGCGCUGAUGUAUGGUCUCCGUGCCUUCCAACAAGGGAAAACCCAUCAGUCCCAGCUGUUGAUGAGGGGACGUAUUGCUGCUCAAGGCUUCACUAUAGUUGCCCUACUUGUUGGUGUCUUUGCCACAGCUCUGAAACCCAAGGCAUGAAGAUGUGACCAUCCCACACCUCUGCCGUCAUCCAGUUAAAUUACCACCAUACCACUUGGAAGCAGACCAGAGCCAAAUAUUAACUGGACUGAUCUUACUAUCCGAAUGAUUGAGUAAUGUUUUCAACAUUGUCCAGAUACCUGGGGGUUAAGGCGACCGCUAUUUAUUAUUGUUUGGAAACUGGGAAUUGCUCAUGGUGGUGAAAUAUUUAACUUCAGGCUGGCACCAAGGAACAACAAAGUAUAAUCUGCUUGUUACCAUACCAAGAGGGCAACCUGGAUUUUUCUUUACUUGUGCUAAAAUCGUACUGAGGCAAAAAGCUGAUAAAUAUGAAUCAUGUGUCUUGCUCUUCCGUGUUAGAGUUCGAAUGUUCCACAUAUUGCCACUGAAAUGAUCUAUAUAACACCUCACUAUGUCUGGUGAUAUAAAUUUUAAUUUGAA